UACAAUGGCUUACUGGCUCCAGUGUGAGAUACAACAAUCUUCACACACUUUCAUCUAAGGAAACCUUUUAAAAUCAUUUUUAGCGAAUUAUUAUUACAAGCAGCACAAAAUUAUUGAGGGCCUGCUAUUGGGGCAGACUUGGGGAUUGGUUAGAAAAGUUUGAAAUAAAGUUGGUGGGAAGAUGGAGUGGUAGUGGAAUUGGUGUUGGAAUACUGAAUAUAAUAAAUCAUUGUGAACAACUUUAGAAAAAGAAAAUAAAAUAAUUUUUAAAUGUGCCUGUCAAGGAGGUUGGCUGAGGGAUUGGGAGUGAGAAGGGAACUUGGGGCCACUAGUGGAAGGAAGUUGGCAUUGAUGGCGGGAUUGGUGCUGGAACAUUGUAUGUCUGAAACUCAGCUAUGAAUAGAACUGCAAAUAACGGUGCCUUAAUAUUAAACUUUUUAGUGUAAAAAGCAAAUAACUUUAAAAUCCAAGAAGAAACAAUUCUAUUCUGCACUGAACACCAGUGACUACACUGCAGAAGGGCAGAAAGUGUUGAGGGAGGAGGAUUAGCUAGGUAUGAGUCACGCAAAGCUCCACUAGGACCCGCUGCAUCUUUCCCUGUGGUCACAUUCAUUCAUUUUGCGCUUCCAUCCACUUUUCGAACUUCUCUGCACUGGCUGGGGCCUCCGUGAAUCGUUCCGGCGCCAAGGCAGGAGAAAGCGGCCACGUGGCUGGAGGAAGGCUGUGCGUCAAGGUUUCCAGGCAGCUCUCGGCGGCCCGCCCCCGCUGGCAGCUCGCGCUCCGGGUAUAAAGCCUCCGACCCGCGGCCUUCGAACCGCACGGCUCCGAAGCGGGCACACGGUUGGGAGCGCUCCGAGCUGGCGGCGACCGCGCUCAUCUCCCGGGCAGCCCCGGAGUGGUACCUGCACUGCGCCCCUGCGACCGCCGGACGCCGGGUCUCAGGUACGGAGAGGGACCCUCAGUCGUGCUCAUCUCCCCUCCCCGGGCUCAUCUUUGCACCCCAGAAGGGGAAAGCGAGACCGUGCCGGCAGGGAUAUCACAGCCGCCGGGUUUCUAAUUCUCCGCGAGGAUUUGCAUGCAGUAACACCAGGCUUCGGGAGACGCUUACACAAAGCCGCUCUUGGCACAGACGGUAGCUGCGCCAGCAAUUAGAGGCCAACCCUUUGGAGAACCGCAGCCCUAGGCUAGAGCUGGGCGGACCGAGAUUAAAGGCACAAGUCCCAAACUGUGCCUGGCCCCGAAACCGAGAAGAGUCCGCAGCAGACGCGUCCUCGAUUGCGGUGAAAAGCGCCGACGUAUCUGGGUCGCCCCGGAGCGCCCAGAGGAGGAAGGAGAGAGAAAGGCACCGCGGCGGCCGGCUGGCUCCUCCCAGGGUCUGCGCGACCGUGUUUCUGCGUGCCCGCCCGCUCCCGCAGCCGCGGGUCUCCGGGAUCCCGCACCCGCAGCCCCAUGUGGUUCCUGGAGCGUCUCCGCUGGGACUCUGAGCGCCUCCUGUCGCCCAGGAACUGUCUCCGCCGGGGCCGCGCCCGCCGCGCCGCGCCCGCCACUUGCGCGAACGUGCUCACGCCGGACCGCAUCCCCGAGUUCUGCAUCCCGCCGCGACUCGCUCCCUGCGCCGCGCUGGCCGCGCGCCUGGACUCCCGCGGGCCGCCCGCCGGCCCCGAUGAGGGCGACGGCGCGGGGCGCACGGACUGGGACCCGCGCUCGCAGGCCGCGCUCUCGCUGCCGCACCUGCCCCGCGCGCGCACCGCCUACGGCUUCUGCGCGCUGCUCGAGAGCCCGCACACGCGCCGCAAAGAGUCGCUCUUCCUGGGCAGCGCCGGCGCCGCCGCGCUCCUGCGCCCGCCCGCGCCCGCCCGCGCCCACCCGCGCGGCGGCCCAACACCCGCCGCCGCCGCCCCCGCGCCCGCCGCCGCCGCCGCCCCGCGCGCGCCCCGCGCCCGCCGCCUCCUGCGCGCCCCCGAAGGACUGCUGAGCCGCGCGCUGCGGGCCCGCCGGACCCUCGGCCUGGCGCGCGCCCACCCGGGCCCGGGCUCGGCCAGCGACGACGACGCCCCGCGCCUGCCCGCCGCCUCCGGCCGGGCCCGCGGGCGCCUCCGCCUCCGCCUGCGGGGCGCCCAGAGCCUGGCCGCGGCCCCGCGUGCUGCCACCGCGGGGAGGGACCGCGGCCCCGACGGGCUCUCGGAGGACUCGGGGAGGCGCCGGGCCGGGGGCGUCAGGGUGGAGAAGCGCGACCCACCGCUGGGCCGCGACGAGCCGCCUUCCGGGUCGCUGCUGUUGAGCUGA